AUGGGAGUAAAUUCGUUAUGGGAUAUUUUGGGCCCCACAGCACGGCCUGUGCGACUCGAAGCACUAACAAGAAAGAGGUUGGCGGUGGAUGCGUCUAUUUGGAUCUAUCAAUUCUUGAAAGCUGUCCGAGAUUCAGAAGGUAACACCCUUCAUCUGUCACACAUAGUUGGAUUCUUCAGAAGGAUCUGUAAACUCCUUUACUUUGGGAUCCAGCCAGUAUUCAUUUUCGAUGGAGGGGCUCCUGCUUUAAAGCGCGAUACAAUAAAGAAAAGGAAAGAGAGACGAGACGGUAAACGAGAAGAUGCUAGUGAAACAGCCCAUAGACUCUUGGCUAUCCACGCGCAGAGAAGAGUUCAACAACCCAAAGAAAAUAACGAUGACACAGUCUACCUUGAAGAUUUGCCCGGGCAGCAUCCCAACCAUAUUCAGCAUUCUCCUUCUCGAACCGGUAAGAGGUUUGUUCCAUCAGAUGAGUACCAUCUCCCGGAGUUGAAGAAAAUAAAGAUCCGAGAGUCAGACGAGAGACUUCUCCCAGAUGAAGAGUAUCGUGAGUUGGCCCUGGAAUCGUUUGAUAUUGUUGAUGGUAUAGAUAUCAACUCUGUGAAUCCCAAUUCUGAAGAGUUUGCUGAGUUACCAAUGUCCACUCAGUAUAUGAUUCUUUCCCACCUUCGAUUAAAAUCUCGGUUGAGAAUGGGGUUUUCGAAGGAACAGCUAGAGAAUAUCUUCACAGACAGUAUGGACUUCUCUAAGUUCCAAAUCCAGCAAGUGCAAAAGCGGAAUUUUUAUACCCAAAGGUUAAUGGAUGCCAGUGGGAUGGGAGAGGAUGGAAAUGCAACCAGACGAAUAGCUGGAGAAAAAGACCGAAAGUACGCGUUGAUUCGAACAGACGAUGGGUGGGCACUUUCGUUGGGUCAAGAAGAUGAUCAUCAAGUUGUGGAGAAAGCACCCGUUGAGUUGAAUCCUCAAUUCCCCGAAAUCAUCAACAUUUCUGAUAAAUCAGAAGAUGACAUUGAAGUUGGUGAUGAGGACGACGAUGACGAUGAUGACUUCGAAGAUGUUUCAAUAGGUGAGGCUCCAGUGGAAAAUGCUGAAGACCAAGAGCUUAAUAGAGCUGUGAUAGAGUCCAUAUAUGAGCAGUAUGAAGAUAAGCCAGUAUCCAAAGCCACUGAUGAGUUUUCCCAAGAUGAGUUGAAAUUGGCAAUCGAGAAGUCCAAGAAGGAACUAAGCGUCCUUGUACAGAGAGAAGAGGCUAUGAUAACCAACCAAACAGUGGAGCCUUUUGACUUUAACUUUGGGGACUCUUUAUUGUUUUCUAGUAACCAACUGGCAGAGCCUGUUAAUGCCUAUCCUAAAUCUCAUAAACCUCAAAAAGAAGUUCCAGAAACCAUUGUUGAGGAAGAAGAGCCCGAAAGUUAUUAUGAUAGACUUGGACGUAAAGAAAAAGAGCUUGAACAUCUAGAUCAAUUGGAGGCUUUGAUGGAGAGUGAAGAAGAAACUGAUAAAAAGGACACUGCUAAGCAGAAUUCUGUCCCCGAGUGGUUUAAUGAAAAGCUAGAAGCAAAUUCCGUAUACCAGAAUUUUCAAGCUGAACGUGAAGACUCGGUUGAAAAGGACGAAGAUGUGGGCUUAAUCCCGUGGGAUAAGGCUAAGGAGAUGCUCGAUAACGAACUGGAGGAUGAGGAUCCGCAUGAGGUUGAAGAAAUAAGCCAUACUAAUCUAGUAGACUCGGUAGAAGAUGAGCUGAUUGUGAUCUCUGAAGCUAACACCCAAGGGAUUGAGGAUCCUGUCGAUGUCCCUGAAGUCGAAGAAAAGGAUACUGAAGUCGAUGUGAAAGUUGAACCUGUCGAAGAGACGAGCUCGAAGACUUCCAGGAAGGAUGGAGUGCUUGAUUAUGUUUUUGUAGAUGAUGAGGAUGAGUUGGCUGAUAGACAGUUACUUCAAGAGGAAAAAGAUCACGACAAGUUGAAACGGGACAUAGCUGCUCACCAUGAACCAUUGCUAAACAUCACCACUUCCAUCACCGAGGAACAGCUUCUCCAAGAACGAUUAUUGAAGCAAAAGAGAGAUUCGGAAGAGGUCACCCAAGCAAUGAUCAAUGACGUUCAAGAGCUAUUACGGAGAUUUGGAAUCCCUUUUUUGACUGCUCCAAUGGAAGCUGAGGCCCAGUGUGUCGAACUACUCAAGCUCGGCUUAGUUGAUGGUAUAGUAACAGAUGAUAGUGACACUUUUCUUUUUGGGGGUGAUAGGGUUUACAAGAAUAUGUUUAAUCAAAAACAGUUUGUUGAAUGCUAUUUACUGGAAGACGUAUCAGGAAAGUUAGGUUUGAGUCAAGAAAAAUUGAUUGAAUUGGGUCUCUUGUUAGGAAGUGAUUACACUGAGGGAGUGAAAGGGAUUGGUCCCGUUCUUGCAAUGGAGAUUUUAGCUGAGUUUGGAAGCUUGCACCAAUUUAAAGAGUGGUUUGAUGACUGCAAUUUAAGAGCUAAAAACGAUUCCAGCUCGAGCCUAAAAAAGAACCUUUUGAACCGGAUCAAAAACAGCAAACUCUUUCUUCCACCUCUGUUCCCAGACCUGGUGGUUUUUGAUGCCUAUAUUCAUCCUGAAGUGGAUCACAGUAAAGACCCCAUUAAGUGGGGGGUUCCCGAUCUUGAUCUGAUCAGAUCUUUCUUAAUGUACAAUGUUGGAUGGUCCCAAGGCCGAGUGGAUGAGGUGAUGGUGCCUUUAAUAAGAGACUUGAAUAGGAAGUUAAGAGAAGGAACUCAGUCUACCAUUGGAGAGUUCUUCUCUACGUCAUAUAUUCAGUCGAAGAGAGAGGUGCAGAUUGGUAAGAGGAUGAAGGCAGCUGCAACUAAGUUAAACAAGAAAGCAGCGAAGGAUGGUUUAUAAGUCUAUACGAAAUUAUGAUCUCAUGAAGUA